CCCGUUGGAAGUUUUCGCGCCAGCUGAUUUGACGGCAGCAUCCGGGCGCCGCAUGGCCUACCAAAUGGUGUCCCAAACUGGCGGGUGACCCUAAAAUUAGCGCCCAAACAUGUUUUGGGGAGGGUGCGACAACCCGACGGGCAAUUAAAACAGCAGACACCGGUCAGGUCGCCGUGCAAGAUGACCUCGAGGUCUCCCAGUGCGGUUGAUCCGUUCUCAGGCCUGCGGUCGACUUCUUUUCAUCCUCACCGGAUCUUUGGGAAAACUUUUGGAAGCGCUGGCAUCGCUGUUCAUCAACGUCAAGUCAUCAACAAACGACCGAUCUGCAGUACAACCAUCCCCGUGGAGAGACCGAGACGCCCAAAAAGAAAACCCAAAAUGCCGUCCUUCACAAGCAGACACUACAUUCCCGACCGGUUCCGGUCCCUCUCCAAGGCGGACGACGACGACGACGCGAUGGAGGAUGUCAUGUCGACCAGCCUCAGCCCCAAGGACACGGCAUCGCACCUCUCCAGCGACCUGACCCUGGUCCCGUCAGACGGGUCUCUGCUCGACUACUUCGACCUGCCCUCACCACCCAGCACGCCCCAACGGCCCACCCACAGUCUCAGCCUCUCCUCCCUGAACAGCUUCUCCAGCCCGGCCAUCGCCAGCCCCGGCCGUCGCUCCUCAGCAGGUAGCCCGCCCAGCCUGUCAUCAUCAUCAUCACCAUCCCCAGCAAGCAGCAACAGCCCCCGCCCAAUGUCAUCCGCCUCUCCCCCGCGCUGGCCAACAGCCGCCCAGCGCAUCCAGCGCCUGCCGACCCGCCCCCGCUCACGCAGCGCCUCGUCGGUAUCGUCAACGGGCUCGUCGUCGACGACGAUGACGCUAGGGGGCGAUGGUGGUGGUGGUGUGGAUGUCGAGAUGGGCGGGACCGUGGUACCGGUGGUGCCGCUGGUGCGCCCGGCGCGCAGGACGCCGUAUUACCCGCCCAACUCGUCGCGCAACGUGGACCGCACGCGCGUCUACAUGAACCGGGGGCCGCAUUACAUCCCCAACUGGACGCCGCUGUCGAGCUUGCCGAGGCAUGUGCAGCUGAGGAUUGAGGAGCGGAUGGUGCGGUUUACUGCGAUUUGAAG